UGGGAGGAACAGGAACUUGAUGAAGAAGCUAUACUUGAUCACUAGGAAACUAUUACCAGCAAACAACACAUCAAAUGAGACUACUAGACUUACUGCACCUCAUCAGUCUACUUUAUCAUUUGAAAAUACAGAAGAAACUUCAUCAUUUAAAAACCAAUCAAGAUCACCAGAAGAAAUAGACCUAUCUAAUCAAUAUGAUAAUGCAAGUGUCAUGUCUUCAUCUAGUUGCAUGCAUUCUGAAGUAUGUGAUGUCACAAGUUACAAUGAAGAGAGCUCAAACAUGGAGCAUGAAAAUAUAGCCAAUUCAUGCAGAACACCUGUCAAUUGUGAGGUGAAAGAAACGAAAACUGAUACUAAAGUGCAGAAUAGUGACAUUUUAAGUUUAUUAGAUUAUGUAAAGAAGAUACCUGAGAGAAAAAGACAAAGAAUCGAGAGGAAGCUUGAAGCAAAAGGUGGCAAUCACACGAUGUUACAUAUCAUUGAUACUGGAGGACAGCCUGAGUUUCAUGAAAUAUUACCAGCUCUCAUAACUGGCCCGGCUAUCAAUCUACUGGUAUUCAAACUAACUGAAGAUUUAAGAAGUCGCUAUAAAAUAAUAUAUCGAACUUCUGCUGGUGAUUCUGAACCUUAUGAAACCUCAUUGACACAUGAAGAAGUGAUAUUCCGUUCACUAGCAAGUAUAGCUUGUUUAAGACAGAACACUAUUGGAUGGAGUUUUGAUGAAGUACCUAUUGAAGAUAAGUCAGAACCUGUUGCCUUCCUUAUUGCUACACACAGGGACCAAGUGGAUGAGAAUAAAGUGAAUGAAGUCAAUGAACAACUGCAAACAAAAAUUAAAAAGAGUUCAGAUUUGUUUAAUGAAAACCUUGUACAAUUCUCUAAAGAAGAACAAGUCAUUUUUCCGCUUGACACGACAAAGGAUGAAGAAAAAGUAGAACAUCUUCGCUUUUUUCUUCACCAGGUUAUAUCUCAAAAAUUUCAGGAAUUAAAAAUACCAGCACCUUGGUGUAUUUUUAGUUUAAAAUUAAGAAAAAGUACAAAAAAACUUUUCCAUUAUGAUUCAUGUUUCAACUUAGGUAAAGAGUGUGGUAUCCAAGAUACUGUAGAGUUUAAAAACGUUUUGUGGUAUUUGCAUCACAGAGUGGGUAUCAUCAUGCAUUAUCCUAAUGUAGCAGGUUUAGAGGAUGUUAUUAUCACUGAUCUUCAACUGGUGUUUGAUCGUAUCACUAAUCUCAUCACAACAUGCUUCACUUUUGAACAGUCAGGCAGUGCUGCUGUGGGAGAAGAAUUCCGUAAAAAUGGACGUUUUUCAGAAUCACAACUAGAUGAGAUGUCAUCAAGAGAGAAAGGUGAUCCUCUUAAUACAAAGAAACUAGUAGCACUACUGAAGCAUCUUUAUAUUGUAGCUGGUCCUAUGAAAACUAAAGUUGGUCGAAAAACUGUCAAGUAUUACUUUAUGCCUUGUGCUCUGAAACCAGCAGAUGUCGAAAAAGAGGAGAGAAAUGGAUCAGUUAGUCCAGCUCCUUUAUUGAUAUGUUUUGAGUGCGGGUAUACUCCUGUUGGUGUAUUCUGUUGUCUAGUAGUGUAUCUUCUUGAUCAGAAAACAGACCAAGUGUUGGAAUGGAAGUUAACUGGUAAUGAUCAAUAUCGUAAUAGGAUUACCUUUCAAGUUGGUCAGUACUAUGAUACAGUUACCUUAAUCAGUUGUGCUACUUAUCUUGAAGUUUGGGUUCAACAAAUAAAAGGCUCAAAGCUGUCAACAAGUGAAUUAUUAUCAUCAUUGGACAAAGGAGUAGACAUAGUUACACAGUCACUCCAUUACACUUACAAGUCAAAGCAUAUGUUUGGAGUGCAAUGUACAUGCACUGCAGUACCUCAUCCUGCUGUGAUUGGCUUUAAUGAAGAAGCAACUAAAUGUGUGAAUGGCAGAAUAGUGGAGUUUAAUGAGAAGCAAUUGUACUGGUCCACUAAGGUUGUUAAGCUGAACAACACAACACAAAAUACAAGCUGUGAAAUACCAUCUCAAACUGAAUCCCACGUUCCUAAAAGUUUUUCAUUCCAUGACACAGCUGCAAUAGAUACAGAAGUUUGUCCUAGAGACUUGUUUCGUCAAUGCUCAGCUGAUAUUACCCAUUGUGUUUCGUUAGAUGUAGUACGUGUUGCUGAUAGACUGUUUGCUGCAAAAGUGAUACCUGAAGCAUUAAGAAAUGAAAUCUCCAGUUUAACAGGUUUAGAUGACUAUAGAAAAGCCAACAAAAUGAUGGUUCACAUUCAAAAUAUCCUCAGUUCUUAUUCAAAUCCCACUGAGUAUCUUACUGAUGUGUGCUAUGCAUUGCUCCUAAUAGACAAUGAAACACUUAAGCACAUUCUUAAUAGUAUAUUAAAGGAGUUGGGAAAACCUCAAGAAAGCAAAGAGGAUAUGAGUAAAAGCUCUAAUUUAAAAAGACCAAGAGCAGCACAGGAAAAUGCAUCUGCCAGCAAGAGGUUUGAGAUAGACACUGAAGGUUCUUACCACAGCACAAAAAGCACUUUUGUUAAAGAACAGUCCUCUGGUAGUAGAAUUUUACAAAAUGAAAGAAGAGGACGAAAGAGACAGAUAGAAGACAUUUCUCCUGGAGAACUUACUGACUAUAAAAUCAAAAAGGCAAAAAGUCAAAGCUCAGAAAUUAUCAGUUUAUUGUCUGAUGAUGAUGAUGUCCUAAUACUUGAUUCUCCUCCUCCCUCUCCUUCAGAUAAAGGACAUGGUAAAAGAUCAAUUGGAAAUAAACCACACAGAAGAAAAACUGGUUCCAAAAAAUAAUGUAAGCAAGGAACAUUCACAUCAACCAGCUUUUACUUAUAGGUGCUAAUCAGCUUAAUUCCACUUGUUAGUAUUGAAACAUAAUACUGAAUACUAUUUUACUUGGUCUUGGUAUUACUUGUAUUAUUUUCAUGAUCCUCCAUCACUUAUUAUUACUAUGCAAUCACGCUUCUUUUUGUCACUCAAAGUUUUUGUUUAUAAAUCAUCAUAAUAUUUUUUAUUAAA